CGGUGCGGGGCCCGGCCCUGCGGGCUCCGCUGGCGCUGUGCGGGCCCGGCCCCUGCCGUGGCACGGCGCUGCCGCACGGGGGGUGCCGGGGCGGCGCUGCCGCGGCGGGGCGGGCUGAGAUGGCGGCGGUGCUGCGGCGCGGAGCGGCCGGGCUUCUUAGCAGACUGCAGCCUUCCGCUCCCACAGUACGAACUCUCUCCUCAUCAAAGUCCUUCUCACGAAGCAUUCCAAGCUGUUUGUGGAAACUGGGCCGACUUAAUCACGUGGCAAUUGCAGUGCCUGAUUUGGAGAAAGCUCAGUCCUUGUAUAAAGAUGUGUUAGGAGCCCAGGUGAGUGAGACUGUUGCUCUUCCUGAACAUGGUGUCUACACUGUUUUUGUGGAGCUGGGAAAUACCAAGCUGGAACUUCUACAUCCGUUAGGAGAGAAAAGUCCCAUUGCAAGCUUCCUGCAAAAAAACAAGACUGGAGGAAUGCAUCAUAUCUGCAUUGAGGUUGAUGACAUAAAAGCGGCUAUGACAGAACUGAAGAAAAAAAAGAUACGAAUAUUGAGUGAAGAGCCAAAAAUAGGUGCACAUGGCAAACCUGUGAUUUUUCUUCACCCUAAAGAUUGCCAUGGAGUCCUUGUGGAACUUGAGCAAGCUUGAGCUGCAAUAUUCAUAAAUUAAACAAUAGAAGAGUUGUGAAGUUCCUGAGCUGGUGCUGGGAAUAUUGAUGUGGUAUUCAGUCUUUACAAGUUCAUUGAAGUUCCCAUGGAUGAAGUACAGCUUUUGAGCACUGAAAUAGUGCUACAGAUUUAAGGUCUGUCUUUGCUGGUGUUGCUGAUCUAAUACUUUGGCAUUUCUUAAAUUUUCUCUGAUUCUACGCACAAAUACAUGAGCUAAGUUACAUAUGUACCACAGUAAUUUAUCUUUUGUUGCCUGUUUGCACCACGAUCUUACCUCUGUAGCCACAGAAACUAUACAGUUUCUAGGUCAAGCUGCAUUAUUUUGCUCUACAUUUCACAGCAGAGACCCACUUCCCAGUGACAACAAUAUAGCUUAGACAUUUUCUUUAGAAAUAAAGGCAAACAAAGAAUGUGUUUCCUCUUCUCACCAUUCACCAUCUGUGCUUCACAUUGAUUGAUUGGUUCAUGCAAUAAAAAAACCUACAUGUUAUUGUA